UCUGCAGCUUCCAGAGGGCCUGCAGAUGUUUGCCUGUGUCAUCGCCGACAUCAUCGAGAGGUUUACGGAGGCAGAUACCAUUGUGAUGGGGGACGUGACGUAUGGUGCGUGCUGUGUAGACGACUUUACCGCUCGAGCCCUGGGAGCUGAUUUCAUGGUGCACUAUGGCCACAGUUGUCUCGUCCCCAUCGACGCCACAGCAGGUAUUAAGAUGCUGUAUGUGUUUGUGGAUAUCCAGAUGGACAAUGCACACUUCCUGGACACGGUCAAGUUCAACUUCCCUCCCGGACAAUCUCUGGCACUUGUCAGCACUAUUCAGUUUGUGGCAGCACUUCAGGCUGUGAGUGCAGCCCUUAAGCCCGAGUAUGAUGUGCUGGUCCCACAGUGUCGACCUCUGUCACCAGGUGAAAUUUUGGGCUGUACUUCCCCUCGCUUGGACCGCAACGUCAAUGCCAUAAUUUAUCUGGGAGAUGGAAGAUUUCACCUGGAGUCAAUCAUGAUCUCAAACCCAGACAUCCCUGCUUACAGAUAUGACCCCUACAGUAAGGUGUUCUCCAGGGAGUACUAUGACCAUGAAGCCAUGCGUGCCUUGAGGUUCCAGGCUAUUGACAAGGCUCGAUCGGCCCAGAGAUGGGGUCUGAUCAUGGGCACGCUGGGCCGGCAGGGCAGCCCGAAAGUCAUGGAGCACUUGGAGUCAAGACUCCAGUCGUUGGGCAAGUCCUUCAGCCGAGUACUUCUGUCUGAGAUUUUCCCAGGGAAGCUGGAUCUGAUGCAAGAUAUAGAUGCGUGGAUCCAGAUCGCUUGUCCACGCCUUUCAAUCGAUUGGGGCACAGCCUUCUCUAAGCCCCUGCUGUCUCCAUACGAGGCAGCUGUGGCUCUACAGGAGGCUACCUGGAAGGAAGCCUACCCCAUGGACUUCUACUCCAAUCAGAGUCUGGGGCCGUGGGCACCGAACCACCCUGACAACCAAGCUGUGCGGCCCACACGCAGACAGAAUCAGAAACAAGGCUUGGAGCCAGUAUGUCCUACCAAACGGUGUGGGCAGAACCAGUGCGCCCCCUGUGGCUCCCAAGGAGAAUGACACAUGGUGUCCAGCUCUGUCUUUGACUCGUCUCGUGCCUGCCAGUGCUUCUGCCUCUGCUAAUGGCUGGAGGGAGGUCAGAUCAG